GAGCACAUUUUUUUCACAGCAGUUGUGUUGUCAAAGCAUUCUGCAAAUAUAAUUAAAUUAUGCCUGGGGGAUAAAGUUUUCUGUGCUCCGAUCCAAACGUUGUGAAAUAGUAAUAAACACGUUAGCCCGCGUGCUGGGAGAACAUUUACGUUCUCACGUACUCGUCUUCUGCCAUCCCAGCAUGCACCGCGAGGUCUGCAGUACAAUUAUUCACAAAGAAAAAAAAGGCUUGAGGAGCAACAACAACAGGGUGGGAGCAGAAGCACAGAUCUCGUUUACAGCUCCAACGUUUCACGAACCCGUGUGCUGACAACAAGUAUCAUGUCAUGGCCCUAAGGAGCUGAGAGUGGGAAGUGCUGUUCACCUGAAGGGAGCUCACAAAGCUUGAGAGUUGCUAGAGAAGAGUUGGCGGGGCCUGGGCAGAGGGUAGAGCUCAGCGGGAGCCAAUGCAGCAGCAGCAUCGACCGCCAGAGCUGGUGGGAGGAAGCCUUCCCGUGUUCGUGUUCCCCAAUGAGCUCGUCUUCUAUGCCGAUGAUCAGUCGUCUCACAAACAGGUGCUCACGCUCUACAAUCCCUAUGAGUUCGCCCUCAAGUUUAAAGUGCUGUGCACAGCGCCAAACAAGUACACCGUGGUGGAUGCAACUGGAGCCGUCAAGCCUCAGUGUUGCGUUGAUAUAGUAAUCCGACACCGAGAUGUGCGCGCGUGCCAUUAUGGGGUCUACGACAAGUUCCGGCUGCAGGUGUCAGAGCAGAGUCAGCGGAAAGCUCUGGGCCGCAAAGAGGUGACGGCCACUCUCCGUCCCUCUGCCUCACAGGACCCGCCUAGCCCCCGGCCCCAAGAUGAGGAACGCCGAAUUGCUGACAGCGAGUUUUUUGAACAGACUGCAUUCCAGACAGAGAGCCGUCCUGUUGCUGGAGGACCCAGUCUGUUGACAGUACUGCUUGGGCUGGUGUGUAUGGCCGCCCUGAUGCUCCCGACACUUGGGGAGCAAGAAUCUACUGUGCCUGUCUACCUCCACUUAAGUGUUAACAAGAAACUUGUAGCUGCUUAUGUUCUCGGGCUUCUUACAAUGGUCAUUCUACGCACAUGAAGUGCCGUGAGCCGAAAGGAGGGAAGAAAAGAAACAGAAACAUGAAGAGAAUGUUCUCCCACCAGAGGCACUACUACGAGUAAAAAAAAAGUAGAGCUGACAGCAGGGGAACAGGGGUACUUAUUCGAUUACCUCAUCCUCUGAAAAAUACAUUUUAGCAUACUUGUUUUCAAAUCUACACAUUUGUGUUAAUACAUACACGGAACUAAAGUGACGUAAAUGGGAAGAGCUGUCGUGUGUAAGGUCAGAGUGAGGGGAGCUGUCCCUGAGAUAAAGGGCCUGUGAAGAAGCGUGAGGCCAUUUGCUGUUGUUUGGCCUCACAUAUUGUCUGUAACUCUGUUGCCAUUAUGUGAAAGAAAGUGGUCAUUUCAGUGUGAAGGAAUCAACAUGCAAACGCGGUACUUGUAUAUAAAGCCAUUAAAGUUUUGUUACCUGUUACCAUUAUUAAAUUGAUGUUUUUUUAAAGCUUUUUAGAGUAGACUGAAGACUAAAUGCCGUUCCUUGCAUGUGUGGAUACUUUGUAUGAGUGGGCUUUAAGUUUGUUAGCAGUAAGAUACUUCUACCUGUCACCAAAGGAGGGAUCUCCUCUUGAAAGAAGAAUGGUUCGCUUGCCAUGCUUUACAAAUGUUUAAUAAAGUCUCAAUACAGCUGUA